GCUUUUUUUAAAAAAAUCAAAAACUAACAUAAGAUGUUUAAUUGUCUGUUUUGAACAGGUAUAUCCAACUGUUUAAUACAACUUAUAAAUAUAGUUUCACAUUUGACACGACUGGCCCUUCGUGUGUGUUUUACUUUUAUUUUGAAGCGUAACUUUGCAACCGGAAAAAGGCUUGUAGUUCAAUUUGUAAAAACUCAGUUGCUAGCUGGAUGGGAGAGAAGAAAGUCUGCUCGAGACAAACAUGAACAAGCUGAAGUCCUUCCAGAAGGACAAAGUUCGUCAGUUUAUCGUUUUUACACAAUCCAACGAGAAGACUGCGGUGGCCUGCUUGUCUCAGAAUGACUGGAAGCUAGAUGUUGCCACGGACAAGUUUUUCCAGAACCCAGAGCUCUAUGUUUCAAAUACUAAGGGGGGCUUAGACAAGAAGAGGCUGGAGCAGCUGUUCAACAGAUACAGAGAUCCUCACGAUCACAACAAAAUAGGCGUCGACGGGAUCCAGCUGUUCUGCGAUGACCUGGGUCUGAAUCCGGCCAGUAUCAGUGUCCUCCUCAUAGCGUGGAAGUUCAGAGCAGCAACACAGUGCGAAUUUUCCAGACAGGAGUUCAUGGAUGGCAUGACCGAACUGGGGUGUGACAGCACAGAGAAGCUGAAAUCUCAGCUGCCAAAGAUGGAGCAGGAGUUAAAGGACCAGGGCAAAUUUAAAGGCUUUUACCAGUUUACAUUUGAUUUUGCCAAGAAUCCUGGUCAGAAGGGAUUGGAUCUUGAUAUGGCGAUUGCAUACUGGAAUUUAGUCCUGGCUGGGAGAUUCAAGUUCUUGGCUUUGUGGAACCAGUUCUUACUUGAGCACCACAAGAAAUCUAUUCCUAAGGACACCUGGAAUCUCUUAUUAGACUUCAGCACAAUGAUCACAGAUGACAUGUCGAAUUAUGACGAAGAAGGAGCCUGGCCUGUUCUCAUAGAUGACUUUGUAGAAUUUGCACGGUCGCACAUCGGGACCAAAAGCUCCGCAGUUUGAGGUUCAUCUGAUGGAAGAGUUCACAGCUGGAUGGCUUGUUGAGCACGCCACGCAGGGAUUAUGACGCCUUUCAAACACUCAGGACUAAAAUGUUUUUUCACAUCAGAGACUUUAUACAAGUGUGUUUGUAACCUGCAGAGGAAACAAAUAAAGGCCCAUCUUUAUUGUUUGUGGUUGAUGAGUUUAAAGACUUCAGGAUGUUUUAUGUGCGCUCAAGCCAGCCGGAGAACCAUCACCACCCGUUACGGUCGUCUUUAAAGAACACGUGGAUUUACUUUGAAAUUCUAUUGUAAAUUCUUGGCUUCUUAAAGGGAUAUUGUAUUUUAAUACUGAUAUACAUUUAUUGUCUUGUUUUUUUGUGUUAUGAUGCAUUUGUAUGUCAAGCCAGUUUAAAGCACUGGAAUUUUUAAACAUGGUACUGUUUAAAAAUAAUUAAGGGAUAAAUAAGUGACCAUCUGCUCUCAUUAUUUUUUUUAGCCUCAUUUUAAGAAGUCAACUUAGUGGAAGCAGCAUGAAUUUAAAUCAUGUAUAUUCCAGUUUUAAAUACAAAAUUUUAAAACAUUUUUGAAUCUCACAUUUGUGACAUACCUAUGGACAGACAUUACCUUCGAUUCUUCUUUAAUAAAAAAUAGUCCCUUGUGAA